AAUGAGUAGUGGAAUGAACUAGGGGACUAGGGUUAUUCUAGUGUAACAUGAUUGGCUGGAGUUAGGCCUUUUAAUAUCUUUGAUUUACUAUCAAGUGCGUCAAUGUAAUCCGAUAUUAGGAUGGAGAACUCGACUCAACCUUAGUUGACUGGUAGACUGUUGUCUUUAUUAAGUUUGGAAUUUGACACUUAUAUUUGAACAAUUUUGAUGAAGUAUUUGAUAAAAAUGAGUAGAUCAUUGUUAUAAAUUAUUUAUUCACAAUUUCAGCGACAUAGUCGGUUAAAACAAAGUUAAUGACUCAUUCUCAAAUAACCUAGAAAUUUAGUGACCAUUUCGGUAAUUGACCCUAUUUUCAGCUGGAAUUUCCAUUUUGUGAGAAAAAAAAAUAAAAAAAUAUGCAAAAUUUCCUCUCCCAGUUUCCGUUAAACAACAGAUCCCUUUCGUCACACUACUGCUAUCUCACACCCACGCCACGCCACGCCACAACAAGCGCAGAGAGAAGAAGAAGAAAUACAAAUCCAACUGUUAGUCUUCUUCACGCCCAUCCUGCCCAAAUUCCACCCUUCGUCGCCAUUUCCAGCUCCUUCUGAGCUCUCCCCCGUUCGCCGUCUUUGCUUCCUGGGCAUUGCUGGCCGAACGGGAUACAGAUACUUGGAAGAAAAAUCCAAAAGGAGGGAGUUGCAGUCUCAGGAGUCCUUUCGCGGGAGGUUCGUCCUAUUCCCCGGCGGAAACCCCCAAUUCGGAAAUUGCCGGGGGGUUUCUUUCACUUUUCUCCAAUUGGUUUAACUUGGUGGGUAUUCGAGGAGCAGGAGCAUGUGGGCGAUCGUGAUGGGUUUGUCUUGAGAUUUCCCCCGUUUCUUCCUUUUUGCCUCGUUCGAUAGCGACCUUCAAUUUCUGAGCUGCGGAGGAAUUCGAUUUCUCUUGCGGGGUUUUUGAUUUAUUUUUGCAAUCAUUGGAUGGUAGUGUGUGGACUCUGUUGAAGUGCGUACCGGCACGGCAGUUCAUUUCCCACUAUUAGAUGUAGCAGCUGAAUAAUUUCCUCUCCUCCGUUUCAUUCUCUUAUGGAGUGAUGCGUUAUUGAUUGCGCUGGGAGUGGGUUUCCGUGGUGGGUUUUGGGACUUGAGGAAGAGGGUUUAAUUCGGAUUUUGAUUUUGGGGUUGGAUUUCUACUGAUCUUGGGGAGGGAGGUUUUCAGAGUGGGGAGAAUGUCUGGUGGGACGCCGAGAGGUGGAAAUGUGAGGCAGAGACUUAGCCAAGGAGGGUAUGGAUCGAGUGGUGAUGAUUUGGAGGAUGAUGCUUGCUCAAGACCACAACAGCACUUCUCUCCCACUCCUCCACGGGUCAGGUCUUGGGUAGAGAUUUUGGAGAAUUUGCUUUGGAUUGCUUCAGCCAUUUUCAUCGUUUACUAUGGUGACAGAUAUUCCAAUUUGAUAUAUCUACUGUGGCACGAUGGUAGAAUAAGAAGAGUGCCUUUGUACUUCGGGAUGGGGGGUGUUGGUUUCAAUGUACUCAUAUUUUUGUACACAAGUUUGUUCUCUUGGAGCGAUAGAAGAUUUGAUGAGAAAUGGGAAUUGUCAAGUUUAUCUGCGUUACCAUGGGUAACUGUAUUGGGCCUCAUCUCCUUCUGCUUGUUCUGCGUCGCUUUGUGGCCAAUAUGGAGUUUCUUGACAAUUCCUCUUCUGUUCACCUUGUUCAUGGCCUUCAUGAUCAUAUUUCCUUCAGUAAUAGUUGGAACGCUGAGGCAACAAGGCGAUGCAUUCCGUAUAGACUAAAGACUCUUGAGAGCAGGUGGAGAUACUCUGACAUAGAUGAAGAACUUUCUAACCCAAUGGUGGGUAGCACUUGAUGUAGGUCAAAAGAUCCAUUUUGUCUCAUGGAUGAACACGAAGUUACUGCACAGUUCUUACCUCUUGGUGUUGGUGGUGGUAGUUACAAACGGAAGCUGACCGGGUGAUUCACCCGGUCAGUUGUUAUACCCUCAUUGUCUUUGGCACAGACACUAAAAUUUCCAGGCAGCCCUCCAAUAUAAAGCACAGGAUCAGAUCGAUCAGCAAGGCGGGGUGGAGAGACUCUCAGAAGGUAUUUAGAGAUUGAUUGGUUUGAUUGGUUGUAUUGUGAUACAUUUAGUGACUGGAUUCCAUCUCGCCCCUGUUCUUGGAUUUGCUUUUUAGAAUUUGAAUGAGAAGGGGGCAGUAAAGUUCCAUUGUUAUAGUGAUCAAAUUGAGUGUUCAUAACUUUCUUUUUUCCCCUUUUUCGUUCUAAACGCGUAAAAUCCCAUCUGGGUUCAUCCUAUUCAUCAGAAAGCUGCAGCCUUUGAUGUCUCUUUGUGAUCUUGCUCUUUUCUGUGAUCCCUUCCUACUGUCGAUGAUCGUUUAAGCUCGUUUGAGAUCCAGCCUGACUUCUAUAUUUCAGCUGACUCAUAUCCAGGCAGCAAUGACAGCAGCAGAGGCUAGAAACCAAACCAGAAUGAGAUUAGAUCAUCGAACUCUCAGGAUAGAUAAACCAUGUUUGCCAUGAAGUGGACACUUCAUCAACUCCACUUGACCAAAAGGAAUGGAAGAAAAAGGCUGAGCAAAUAAAACCAUAUACAUAUGGCCAAAAAUUAGUGCAUACAUUACAAUCACCAACAAGUAUCCUCGUGGAGAAGGCUUGUGGACUAUUUCCAUUUCUCAAUGAGGAAGGUUGGAGUUCUUGCUAGUAAAGAUAUAGAAAGGUUGGUGAUCAGUUGACUGCUUCUUCAUACAUUUUUACGCGUAGGAGUUGAGGAGAAUGAUGAUGACACUUAGAUCCUGUUGGGAUACUUUUUCUUUGCACAGAAGCUAUGGCAGCCAUAGAAGUUGUUAGCUAGGGUUCAGACUGAGUUGGGAGACAGUUUUUUUUGGGUGGAUUCCCACUUUGGAAGAUCACCAUUUUGGCUUGGAUGGGAUCGCCCCCCACAUUCAACAAUAACUAUUUUGUGAGUUAUGAAUAAUUUGGUGGGAAGUGGGUGUAAUCAAAAUACGAUUAGUAUGAAAAUUCAUUGUAGAUACACGAGGGUUGGUUAGUUAUUUACUAUAUCGUGAUUCUGAAUAAAUUUCUCAACAAUUUAUUGUGUUGGUCGUCCAUUUAUAAUCACUUCGUUAAAUGAGUAUAUCCAAAUCUCUUACCGGUCAGAUCGAUUCAUGCCAAAUCAGUAUAUUACACCACAUACCAUGUAUACUUGAAAUUUCUUUCUUGUUGUCGAUUUGGCUCAUAUCAUCCUCUUCCCCUCUCAUUUACUAUUGAGAUAUGUCACAUCGUGAAGGCGUAAGUCGUCAAAUUUUAAAAAGAAAUUUGAAUAUCAUAAACUCAACACGGAUGAACGACUUGAGAUAUAAAUAAAUAAUUUAAAAUUCAUAUUACGAAGUGUUUGUUAUAAUGUCAUACUACAACAUAUAAUAAAAUAACUUAUUUUGGUUUGUUGAUGAAUGUUACACAUUGAUAAGAACCCUUCAACCCAACAUAAUAAUAAUUAUGAUAUAAUACAUUACACCUUCACUAUCAUUUAUAGCUCAUAUUCCCUUAUGAUUUCCUCAUUCAAAGGGCAAGAAAAGUAAAACCCACAACCUCAUCAUUCACACUUCUGUGGCCUCCUCCAAUAUUAGUUCUCUCAAUUAAUAUGCGAGCUUGCAUUGAAUCCCACUUAUAAUCAAAGAUGAAGAAAAAAUGCAAAAUGUUUUAAAUGCCUGAAAGUGAUUAUUAUGGUUAGUAAAGUAUAUAUCAUACU